UCUCUCUCUCUCUCUCUCUCUCUCUCUCUCUCUCUCUCUCUCUCUUUCUCUGUCAGACACGUGAUGACUUUCUGGGACAGGUGGACGUCCCCUUAAAUCAGAUACCGACAGAAAAUCCUAACACAGAAAGGCCAUACACAUUCAAGGAUUUUCUGCUCCACCCACGAAGCCACAAGUCAAGAGUCAAAGGUCACCUGCGUCUCAAAAUGACCUACCUGCCAAAAAACUCAGGUUCAGAGGAGGAAACGCCAGAUCAGACUGAGGACACCACGGAUCGUGAUUGGGAGUUUCUAGAGGGCCAGGACAUGUCAGGUCCAAGACAAAGCCAGCUUCUGCCCGCUCUGCCCCCUGGCUGGGAGGAGCGGCAGGACAACCUGGGAAGGACCUACUUUGUCCAUCAUGAGAGCAGAACUACACAGUGGCAACGACCCACAAUGCAGGACAGUGAUGUUGGGAUGCAAAGAAGACCCAAUAAUAAUAUGGAGGCGCAUACUUUUACUACACGCAGACAGAUCUCAGACCACGAAGAGAACACCACAGGAGAGUCUCCUGAGAGCUGGGAAAUGAUAACUGAGGACGAAUCCACCUUGUAUCACAGCAGUAACCAGGUGACAUCAGCUACACCCCGCGAUCACAUUUCAGGGCCCACUGCUGGCACCUCCCAGACAAAUCAUGCAAGUAAUUCAAGCCAUUCCAGUGUCAGAAGAAGUUCCCAGACUUCAUCAGGAGAGGAACAUCCUGUUAAUCCUGUGCUGCUUCCAACCUCGUCUGGGUUGCCUCCAGGCUGGGAGGAGAAGCGUGACAACAAAGGCAGACGCUACUUUGUCAACCACAUCAGCCAGUCCACUUCAUGGACACGACCACUCAUUCAGAGAACCUCAGAGGCAGCAGCAGCAGCAGCAGCAGCAGCAGCAGCAGCAGCAGCAGCAGCAGCAGCAACACAGAGUAAUGCAGGUUUACCUCGGAGCCCAACUCCGCCUCAACUGCCUACAUCCCCAGAGGAGUCUCCUCAGCACACCCCAAACCCUGAAGCCACGUACGAGUCUGGCUUCCUGCCAGCUGGUUGGGAGGUUCGUAGUGCUCCGAUCACACCAGUGGCACUGAUGACAGUAUCGGAUGCAGACAGCAGUGAAGGAGGCUUCCAGCUGAAGAAGGAACAUGCCCUGCGAGUGCUCGGAUACAUCAGCUCCUGGACACAGAG